AUGAACAGCGUGUGUGGCUCUCGGUUGUCCCUCAUCCCCUCGCAGGCCCUGAGCUGCCUGCGUUCCUACCUGCUGUGCCAGCUUAGUGAGCCAGGCUGGGGGACUGAGAUGCUCAAUGACUGCCAGCACACUCAGGGAUUCUUGAACACGCUCGGUGUGUCUCACCGUGAGCUGGCACUCUCUCUGGGAACAACGUGUGACUCCAUCCAGCUCCGACAGAAGCUUCAGGAUAUCAGGGGCACAGUCCACCAGCACAGUGCAGUGACGGGGGCGAAGUUGACUUUUUUACUGAGCAGCAGUCAGAGCCUGAAUCCCAAGCAGCGAGCAGAAUUACAGCGAGUGUGCAUGCUCUUUGCUUCUUGCAUGGAGCUGCUCCACAGGGAUCUGCGGCAAGUUCACCAGCUCGAACUGCUUUUCCCACUGGAAAAGCCCCAGUUUCUGAUCAACACCGGGAUGACGGGUGACCCUUCUGGACCCACCAGCGAGCAGAGCGGUGAGAAGGGAGGCUCUGGAGAGCUGAGCUUGGAUGCACUAAUACUGGAAGUUGGGAGACUCCUGUGUGAGAUGGAGACUAGAGUACAGGCCCCUGUCUGGAGCUCCGAUGCCACCACUGAGCCCUGGGCAGAGGCCAGCUCUGACGAUGGGCCUGACACAGCCUCACCUGAUGGGCUAACAGAAGAGGAAACAGAAGGAGGCAGUAACUGUAGCUGUAAAGGCUGCUGUGUCAUCUCCUAG